AUGGGUGCUCUCUUCAGCUUCCUCUCGGCGGCGUACUAUAUCCCGAAACUGUACUUCGGCUCAACACCGGCCACUCUGUCUGUGAGGGCCACGGCGAACUCCAAGCAUGUAGAGAAGGUUGCCCUAAACGAUUUCAUUCGCCUUCGCGUGCCGUCAUUGUACAGGGAAUAUAGACCGGCGUGGUGGUUGAAUAGCGGUCAUUUGCAAACGGCGUAUUGCGUGGUGGGGGACUUCACAAAGAUAGACAAAGUGGAGUACGAUAGAAAGCUUAUUCGGACGUUGGACGGAGGCACCCUUGGCCUGGAUUUUACCCCACCGGCAGAAGAGCGUACCCUGAAGGACGACACGCCGAUCGUCGUCGUCCUGCACGGCCUCACAGGAGGUUCACAUGAGUCGUAUGUUCGAUCCAUCUUGGCCCCAGUAUGCACGCCUGUAGAGCAAGGCGGCCUGGGGUACCGGGGUAUCGUCGUUAACUCUCGCGGGUGUGCCGGGGUGCCAAUCACGAGUCCGCAGCUAUAUUCGGCCCUCCAUACCGAAGAUAUUAGGGUUGCGGUUAUGUACAUAGCCAAGCAAUACCCCAGAGCACCGCUCAUAGGCGUCGGCUUCUCGCUCGGGGCCAACAUCCUUACUCGGUAUCUCGCGGAGGAGGGCAGUAACAGCCGGCUCGUGGCUGGCUGCGCACUAGGCUGCCCGUGGGACCUUGUCGCGUCCAGUGACCGCCUGGAGAGCCGUCCGUUCCACCGGCUCGUUUAUUCCCGUGGGAUGGCCCAGAACCUCCAGAAGCUCGUCGCGCGGCACAGGGAUACACUGGCCAAGUUUCCAGACUCGGCGCUUUGGAAGACAGUCGAGGCAAAACUGCCAAGGAAAGACAUGUCAUUGAUGGAGUUUGACGACGCCAUCACGCGGCUUGCGGGCGGGUCGUCGCCCCCUUUCCCCUUCGCCUCGGCCCGCGACUAUUACACCGCCGCGUCGAGCCACAAGGUUCUGGACGACAUUCGGGUCCCUUUUCUGGCCGUGAGCGCGGCUGAUGACCCGGUUGCCAGUCAUAUACCAAUUGGGGAGACCGACAAUCCGUGGGUCGUGCUUGCGGUCACGAACGGAGGCGGACAUUUGGGCUGGUUCGAGGCAGGCAAGGCGUUCGGAGCGCUCGAGAGAUGGAUCCGAAAGCCCGUGGUUGAGUGGCUACGCGCGAUCGGCGAGGACCUGGUUGUGGAACAGGAGCGCGGGAAACCGCUACACGAGGUCGGCGGCUUCUUGAAAGAAGUCGGCAGAGAUGACAUCGGAUGCAAGACAGUCGAGGGCGGAGGUCAUGUCGUCGGCGUGGAGGGUGAGGAGGGUCUUCUUGCCGGACUCUAG